AUGAGAGUUCUUGGGUCAAGUCAGGUGCUCCUAUCGGAGAGUUUUAUUACGCAAUUGCACAAAAGAGUAAAGUCUAUGGAUUUCCAGGAGGGAUUUGUCACACAGUUGGUGUUGGGGGACAUAUUAGCGGAGGUGGAUUUGAAAAUCCAAGGGAGAAGACCUCUUUGGGCUAUUAGAGGAGGGGGAGGCUCAAGCUUUGGAGUCAUUCUGGCAUGGAAACUUAGGUUGGUUCCUGUUCCUCCAUUUGUAACAGUUUACAGGGAAUCAAAGACCAUAGAACAAGGUGCAACCAAAUUUGUAUCUAAAUGGCAAGUUAUAGCAGAUAGAAUUCCUAAAGAGCACUUCCUGCGUUUACUUGUACAAGUUGCAAAUGGAGCUGGUAAAAAUGAUGGAAAAACUAUUACAGUUAUAUUCAAUUUCUUGUUUCUUGAGACAUUUGAGAAACUUCUCCCUUGGAUGCAAGACAAUUUCCCAGACUUAUGUUUAGACCAGACCAAAUUCACGGAAAUGAGUUGGAUUGAAUCUGUUCUAUACUUUGAAAGCCUCCCAAGUAACGAAGUAGACGUCUUGCUUCAGCGGACUGAACCAUCUAAGAGAUUCUUCAAAGCAAAAUCAGAUUAUGUGACAGAACCAAUUUCAGAAGCUGGCUUGGAAGAUUUAUGGCAAAGAAUGCUUCAACUGGAGGCAUCCGAUUUGAUAUUGACACCUUAUGGUGGAAGAAUGAGUGAGAUUUCUGCUUCAGAAACUCCUUCCCCAUAUAGAAAAGGAAAUUUAUUUGAAAUCCAGUAUUUGGUCUUUUGGAAUGAUGACAAGGAAACUAAAAAGAAUAUUGGUUGGUUGAGAAGGCUGUAUGCCUCCAUGGCACCAUAUGUUUCAAAGUCCCCAAGAGCUGCCUAUUUGCAAGGAUUAAAAUAUCGGCCGUGCAGUUAA